UAAACUAUUAAUAUUGAUGUUGCAUUUUAAAUAAAUAAACAAAAAUACUUCAUUAAUAUAUGAUUUGUACAAUAUCAUCAAACAAAUUUCAACAAAUAAAAAAUUUCAAAAUAAAAAUUAUAUACAUAAAAUUGAUAUUAAAUAUAUAUCUUUAUAAUAUAUUUUAUAUUUUAAAAGUUAAUUUUAAAAUAUAAAUAUAUCCGCACGGAUGUGCGGGUUAAUAUAUGUGCGGGUUAAUAUCUAGUAAGUAAUAUUCAUAAAGCCUUUUUACGUCAUGUUAUUUUUUCACAAUUGACUCAUCAAAGUAGCUUUUCCGUGUGUGAACAGAAUAUGCGUUCAAAUUUAUAUAUAAAAAUGAUACUAGAUUUUGACCCGCGAUUUCAAAUCGCGGGAUUAUUUUCUUAAAAAAACUUUAAUUUUUGAUGUUUUAUUUUUUGUUAUGUUAAUAUUUUUAUUUUUGGCACAUAUAUAAUAUAAAUUAUAUUAAAUUUUAACCCAUUCUAAAGAUAUACUAUGUAAAAAAUAUAUUAAAUAUUCUCAUAUUUUUUUAAUUUUGGUAUAUAUAUGUUUUCGAUGCCAUGAAUAUUAUAAUAUUUUAUUUUAUGUAAUUUAUAUAAUGAAAAUAAAUUAUUCUAACCCAAUAAAUUUUCAUGUUUAUCAAUUAUUCCAAUUACUUCAUUUUUAUCGAAUUGUAUUUCAAAAUACUAAAUAACCGAUUUUAUUGAAAUAUCAAUACUAUGAAAAUAGUAAUCAUUUUAUUUAAAUAAAAUUUAUAUGGUUUAAUUUCCAACUGAUUUUAUAUUGUAACCUGAAAAGAAAAAUUCAUGCUAUAAAAUGAGAUAUGUUAGUGUAAAUAAAUCCAUAAACGAUUUAAUGUUAAAAACACCUACCUAAUAACAAUAAUUAAUUGCUUAUUUAUAAACGAACUAAACACUUAUUAUUUACAAAUAAUGUAAACAAACUUGUAUAUGUAAACAAAAUUAUUUUCAAAAGAUUUGUUUCCUUAUUAAAUGAGUGAAAUUAAUUAAAAAGAUCUUAAAAAUAAGCAAUGGCAUGACAAUGUAAAUAAAUUGAAAACUAAUGACAGAAUUCUAUUAGGGAUUUUGAUUUAAUAUUAUAGAUGUCCGAGCUAGUAGUGAAUAAUACAGGUUUCAUAGCCCAUACAUGAAUAUAAUUAACUAAGCAAUAAACAGUAGGUCUAUGUACUUUUUGUAUAUGAAAUAUUUUUAAAAUCAUACAGAACGUAUUUAAACUGUAAGGAUUUUAAAAAACGUAUCAUAAGAAAAUAAAUAUAAGUACUGGUAGGUUACCAGUACUCUAGUUCAGAAUUUUUAAGAUGUAUUUGAUGUUUAUGUAUUAAUAUGAAGCUGAACUUCCGGAUACGGAAAAAACAUCGGGACGAACCUCGAAUAGAGUUUCGGAAAUUUUGUCCACCCUUUUCUAGUGCUAUUUCUUAUGUGCCUUUGCUUAAAUAUCAUUUCUUCUUUUGUAUGAACAUAAAAAGCAAAUUUUGAGGGCUGCAUUGGCAGCAGAACAAUAUAACAUCGAUUACAUAGGGAAUAUAUAGUAGAACGUCACAAUAUGCUUUCUUUUAGUUAAUAAUAUGAAACUCAUAUAAGUUAUUCAUUUUUGCUUAAAAUGCUAAUUAGAAACAUUCUUUACAACGUUAAAAACAUUUUGCAUGCUGCUGCGAAAUGUAAUUAAAUGCAUACAAACAGAAAAAGAAAAAUAAAUAGUUGGAAACUCGGGGCUGUGUGAAUCAAAAGUAUGAGUAACUUUCAACUUGGAAUUGUCCCACGGUUGCAUUGUAUUAUCAAAAUAAUAUGUCGUUUGUCACAAUAUAAUAAUAAUUUUUCUAUAUAUAAUAAUCACUCUAGACGUCUCCAUCGCAUCUUCCCUUCAAAUUAACAUUUGGCUUCUUUAGCUCUCAUAGAACACCAUACCCAUCCAACACAUUGCCUUCUAAUCAUUUUACUCGAUUGAAGAGGAAAACUUGUAAAUUUUAGUUUUAUUUUCUCGAGACAGCAACGGAAAAAAUGGGAAGAGCACCAUGUUGUGAGAAAAUGGGGGUAAAGAGAGGACCGUGGACUCCCGAAGAAGAUCAAAUCUUGAUUAACUAUAUUAAUCUCUAUGGCCAUUCUAACUGGCGAGCCCUUCCCAAACACGCAGGUUUACUUAGAUGUGGGAAAAGUUGCAGACUUCGUUGGAUCAAUUAUCUGAGACCAGACAUCAAACGUGGCAAUUUCACUCCUCAAGACGAACAAACUAUCAUCAAUCUGUAUGAAGUAUUGGGCAACAGAUGGUCUGCGAUUGCUGCAAAAUUGCCAGGACGGACCGACAAUGAAAUUAAAAAUGUUUGGCACACUCAUUUGAAGAAAAGACUCAACGAAGACCACAACAAUGGCGGAGUCACCAAUAACCUUAACGGAACUAACGAGACCGCACAUGAAGACAAAGAAUCUGUGAUUGUCGACACAACUCCUACGCAACAAUUUACAACAUUAGAGAUUUCAAAUAAUAACAAGGCGGACGAUAUGAUGUCGUACGAGGAUAUUUCUGCAUUGGUUGAUGAUAGUUUUUGGUCUGACGUUGUAUCGGUAGAUAAUAAGAAUAGUAAAGAGAAAAUGAUAGAGGAUUGGGAGGGAAUGCUAAAUAGCAAUAGUAAAAUAUAUAGUUAUAAUAAUUCGAAGUUGUAUAAUGAUGAUAUGGAGUUUUGGUUUGAGGUUUUCAAUAGUAGUCGUAGGAUUGAAGAACUUUCGGACAUACCCGAGUUCUGAUUUUGAUUUUGUGUUGUUUUGUCGUUAAGACUUGGAAGAGUCUUUUUGUAAACCAAAUUAAUAUUUCCUCUAUAUUCGUCGUUGAGAUAUCUUUCGUUUUUGCAAU